UCCAGUUUCCCCCAAUGCUUUCUGUGUGUGUCAGAAACUCCAGUGGCUCCUUCCUUCCUAACUCCUCACUUCAUAGUGCUGCGUACUAAAAACAUCGGACGCUAGGGGAUCAAGACGCAUGCCACAUUGCCUCAAUGUGGGCACUUUAACAGAUCUUUCGGGGUUUGUUUUUUUUCUCCCAGUAAGGGGACCGUGGAGGGAGGACUUCCCAUGACCAUUGUUUGAUGACUGUUUGCACGGCCGAUUACUGAGUUGAUUGUUUAUUAUUUUGGUCACUCUUGUCCGCCGCCCUGCGCGUUUUUUCCUCCCUUUUUGGAAUCGGCGACCUAUAGCGCGCUCACCAAUGUCCUAUCCUCAGGGUUACCUCUACCAGCCCCCGGGCUCGCUGGCUCUUUAUUCGUGUCCGGCUUACGGGGCCUCAGCUCUGGCUGCCCCGCGGAAUGAAGACUUGGCCAGGUCGUCCUCUGGCUCAGCCUUCAGCCCUUAUCCUGGAUCGGCUGCUUUCUCCGCCUCGGCCGGUGCAGGCUUCUCCAGUCCGCUGUCAUAUUCCACGGAUCCGACGACGGGAUUCCCAUCCUACAUGAGCUCUCCAUAUGACGCACACACGACAGGAAUGGCCGGGGCUUUAAGUUACCAUCCGUACGGGAGUCCAGGUUACCCUUACCAGCUCAACGACCCGGCUUACCGCAAAAACGCCACCAGGGACGCCACGGCCACCCUGAAGGCCUGGCUACAGGAGCACAGGAAGAACCCGUACCCGACCAAAGGGGAAAAGAUCAUGCUCGCUAUUAUCACCAAGAUGACCCUGACGCAAGUCUCCACGUGGUUCGCCAACGCCAGGCGGAGGCUGAAGAAGGAGAACAAAAUGACCUGGGCUCCCAGGAAUAAGAGCGAAGACGAGGACGAGGAGGACGGGGACGGAGAGCGGAAGGAAGUGGAACGCUCCGAGAAAAUCCUGGACAACAGCGAGGCGUCGGCGGAGGAUGAAGGUAUCAGCUUGCACGUCGACACUUUGACGGACCACUCCUGCUCGGCAGAGUCUGACGGGGAGAAGGUCAGCUGUCACGUGGGCGAUUUGAGCUCCGACCAAGGCGGCGACAAAUGCGACGAUGACGGCGAGGACCAGAACCACGACCCUGCACGGGUUCAGCUCUCGCCCAAAGCCGUCACGUCGUCGCCUCUGACGGGAGUAGAAGCGCCAGCUCUCGGCCAUCACCACCACCACCUCCACCAUCACAACCACCUCCAUCACCUCCACCAACUCCACAGCCAACGCGAGGAUUUGGCCCGGAGCCUCGUCAACAGCAACAAUAUUAACGCCAGUAAAGCGACUUCAUGCCUUGACAGCAGAGCUCCAUCGGGGGCGCCUCAGAACCCGACAGUAAAGCCCAAAUUGUGGUCGCUGGCGGAGAUUGCUACCUCGGACCAAAAGCAGCAACAUCAGCAACAGCAACCAAAUGGCCCCUCCUCCAGCGGGGGGCUCCUCACUCCCCCUACGCCCUCCACCACCUCCCCGGCUGCCAGCUCCCCCUCCCUCUACCCGACCCCCUCCAUCCUUGCAAGACCUAUUUAUUACACUUCUCCCUUUUAUAGCAAUUACACAAACUAUGGCAACUUCAGCCCCCUGCAGGGCCAAGGGAUCCUGCGCUACACUAAUUCGUCCGGAGUGAGUCUGGCUGCUGCCGCCGCCGCCGCUGCUGCAGCCGCCGCCGCUGCUGCUGCUGCAAACGAGGGUCUCAGCUCCUCGCACCAGGCUCUGGAGGCGAGCACAAACCCCAAACACUGCAGGCCAGACUCACCUCUCGUUAAACAUAACCCAAACCAGAUUAUUGUUGUCGAGCAGCAGCAACAACAACAGCAUUUCAGAGCAGCACAUUUAGAGGCAAAGAAAGGUACGUAAAUGGCGUAAAAUAAGGCAAACAC